AUGGCUCCCAUUGCACUUGAACCAGAGGAUCACUCGCGAGAUGCCGCCUUCAAUAAGGCCAUGCAUGGCAAGUCUGCAGCUUCAAAGGGCGGCCUUGCAUCCAUGUUCAACAAGGAUCGCUCUGCUCACAAAGCCGCUUCUGAGGACUAUUGGAGACAUUGGGAUGACAAACUAGCUGGCACCGAGACGGAAGAAGCAAGACGAGCAGAAUAUGCUACAUUGACUAGGCAUUACUACAACCUUGCAACUGAUCUAUACGAGUAUGGCUGGGGAUCUUGCUUUCACUUCUGCAGAUUCGCAUAUGGAGAAGGGUUCUACCAAGCAAUUGCUCGUCACGAGCAUUAUCUGGCCCACAUGAUGCAGAUGAGGGAGGGUAUGCGGGUCUUGGACGUUGGAUGCGGCGUUGGAGGACCUGCAAGAGAAAUUGCAAAGUUCACUGGCGCAAAAAUCGUUGGCUUGAACAACAAUGAUUACCAGAUUGAGAGGGCAACACAUUACGCUGCGAAAGAAGGCCUGUCCAGCCAAUUGAGCUUUACUAAGGGCGAUUUCAUGCAAAUGAGCUUCCCUUCAGAAUCCUUUGAUGCUGUGUAUGCGAUUGAAGCAACAGUGCAUGCUCCAUCAUUAGAGGGCGUCUACUCCCAAAUAUAUCGAGUUCUCAAACCAGGAGGUGUGUUUGGAGUUUACGAAUGGUUGAUGACAGAGGCGUAUAACAAUGAAGAUCCCCACCAUCGAGAGAUUCGGUUAGGCAUUGAGCAAGGCGAUGGUAUCUCCAACAUGGUCAAGAUCUCAGAGGGUCUCAAAGCGAUCAGAGCUGCAGGCUUCAAUCUCGAAGUCGCACAAGAUCUAGCAGACAGCUCCGAUGCCAGACCGUGGUAUUAUCCACUUGACGGCGAUCUCACCAUGGCUAGCAGUCUCGGAGACCUCGUCACAAUUGCACGGAUGACCCGAGUAGGACGAUUUAUUGCACAUGGGGCAGUUGGGUGGCUUGAACGAUUCGGACUCGCUCCUAAAGGAACCAGGAAAACUGCUGAUAGUCUCGGACUGGCUGCUGAUUGUCUGGUGGCCGGCGGAAAAGAAAACCUCUUCACACCCAUGUACCUGAUGAUCGCCAGAAAACCAGCAGCUUAA